AUGUCUCUUCCAAAAAUUUAUCUGGAUAAUAAUGCAACAACUCCGUUGGAUGAUCGAGUGAAAACUGCUAUCUCGGAUGCUUUGGAUCUCUGGGCAAAUCCUUCGAGCAACAAUGAGAAUGCACUGAACGCAGCGAAAGCGAUUCUGGAGUCCAGGAACCAUUUGGCAGAAAUGUUUCAUGUGAAGACAGAAGACGUCGUGUUCACUUCUGGCGGCACGGAGUCUAACAAUUGGGUCAUUGAAGGAGCGAUUCGAAGUGUAAGGAAAAAUGGAAAGAAACCUCAUGUUGUUACAACCAAUAUUGAGCAUCCGUCGAUUAUAAAUCCACUGCAGAGAAGAGAAAAUGAUGGAGAAAUUACCGUAACUUAUGUAUCUAUCAACCCAUUAACGGGUUUCGUCACUCCUGAAUCUGUUCUCCAGGCUGUUACUUCUGACACGUGUCUGGUCACUGUCAUGUUGGCGAAUAACGAAACUGGAGUUCUGCAGCCAGUUUCUGAAAUCUGUCAAUUGAUUCGAAACAAGUUCAAAGAAAAUUCUCCAUUUCUACAUUCAGAUGUCGCACAGGCGGCUGGAAAGAUUCCAAUCGAUGUCAAAUUGCUUGGUGUUAAUGCGGUUACUGUAGUUGGUCAUAAGUUUUACGGACCACGAAACGGAGCGUUGAUUUAUAGUUCAAAAUCUGCUAGACUUCCACCAAUGGUGUUAGGUGGUAAUCAGGAAUCAGGAUUGAGGAGUGGAACUGAAAACACACCGAUGAUAGUUGGAUUGGGAGAGGCUGCUAGAAUUUACAAUGAAGGAUCCUCGAAUAUUGAGAGUGUGCUCACUCAAAAUAGAGACUACUUUGAAGAGCUUUUAGUGAAACGUCUUCGUAAUUCUCACUUGAUUCAUUUCCUCGGAUCACCUCGUCUUCCGAAUACUUCAAGUGUUGCUUUCUUGGAUUACCCUUCUCACGGUUGUGAUCUUCUGGAAAAGUGA